AACGACACUUAUCAUCGUGAAAGUGAAUAGCAUAAUUUUUAUUAAUUUGCAUUUGCAAGCAAUUUUUGUUGUUGGUAAAGUACGCACAGUUGGUGCCCACGAGUAAAUGCAACGUGUGUGUUACUGUCGAAAUAAAAUGCAAUAACGUGCAAAACGGUGAACGGUGAACGGUAAAGAAAGCAAAAGCAGUGGUGGCCGACGCAUCUGGCAGCAACAAAAACCACAUAUCAUCUUAUUGUUGCUAUUUUUUGGCUGGGCGUACGUGAUUAAAAUGCUUACAGUAUAGUAUAGGCAGAGAGUUCAAUAGCAAAAUGAGGUCAGGUGAAAUGGCCUGAAAACUAAUUGGCCCACACGCGCCGUCGUCGUCGCCGCCGCUUUGUUGUUGUACAAUAUUCCGAAGUGUGGCUAUAUAUUGCGGGGGAGUGGAAAAUCGGCAAUUAACGUUGCCAGACAGACUUUCAAGGCUGCCAAUAUGCUAUAAACAGGGGACGCGACAAGGACAUGCAGAAGCCACAAUUGUCGUCGUCGCGGGCACGCUGCGCCAUAUGCGGCACAGUUGAGCAGCUGCUGCGAUGCGCCAAAUGCAAAAGCAUUUACUAUUGCUCCAUACAGCAUCAGCAUCUAGAUUGGCCGACCCAUCGACAUGAUUGCCGCCAGCUGGCGCGACAAAAGCAGAACAACAACAACAGCAACAAGAUUCAGCAGCUGCAACAGGCGGUGGCUGCCACAACGCUGGAUGUGAGUGGCGCCAAUUGCUCUACCGCCCAAAUGAUGACGCCGGCAGCACAGGCUCAGAGCUGGCCAAGUGAACUGGACGAGUUGUUCAAUUGCUUUGGACAGCCCUCGCUGGCCACCCAGACGGCCCAGGCCGACAUUAAUCAGCACCAUGGGCAUGGGCAUCAUCAUCAUAGCCAGCACAACGGUGAGAAGAGCUCUAGCUAUCAGAUUGGCCAGGCGGAUGCCAGCUUCAUGGGCAACGGCAGCGAACGCCGAUAUGAAGAUCUUUGUCGCAAUAUUAUCAACGACAUGAAUCAGUACGGACUUUCUGUGGUGGAUGACUUCCUGGGCACGGAUAAGGGUCUUAAGAUCCUGAACGAGGUGCGCAGCAUGUACAAUGCGGGCGCCUUUCAGGAUGGUCAGCUGGUGCAUAACAUGAGAACCGAUGCGCAAUCCUCUAAGGUGCGCGGUGAUAAAAUUCGGGGUGAUAAAAUUAAAUGGGUCGGCGGUAAUGAGCCCGGCUGCACCAAUGUGUGGUAUCUGACCAAUCAGAUUGACUCUGUGGUGUAUCGUGUGAAUACAAUGAAGGAUAAUGGUAUCCUGGGCAAUUACCAUAUCAGAGAACGCACGAGAGCUAUGGUCGCUUGUUAUCCAGGCUCUGGAACGCACUAUAUUAUGCAUGUGGACAAUCCCAACAAGGAUGGACGCGUCAUUACAGCCAUAUAUUACCUAAAUAUCAAUUGGAAUGCCAGUGAAAGCGGCGGCAUACUGCGGAUCCGGCCUACGCCGGGUACAACUGUGGCCGAUAUUGAACCCAAGUUUGAUCGUCUGAUAUUCUUCUGGUCGGAUAUACGAAAUCCGCAUGAAGUGCAGCCCGCGCAUCGUACCCGCUAUGCCAUCACCGUCUGGUACUUUGAUGCAAAAGAGCGUGAAGAGGCGCUAAAUCGUGCCAAGUUAGAGAACAGCAAGACAAACAAUGCCAACUCUAUUGCCCAGCUGGCGGAACCCGAUUCAACAACUACACCCGCGUCCCCAACAGUAGCAUCAGCAUCAGCAGCAGCAUCUGUAUCUGCAUCCAGCUGCUCCACGAACAAAUCAUUUACACCCGCAAGCAUGACUACGGGCACAGGAGCACUGAACGCAAAUGUGGCGAGCAGCUCCUGCCCGGCCAGUAACGAGAUUUGCACGUAGCCCAUUGUCGUUUAAACUGUGUAUAUAUAUCUAGACCAUGUGUUCUGACUAACGGCAAACCGAUAGUGGGCAACUUAAAACUGUACAUUAUAUCAAUCAACAAACACAUUAUAUAAAGCUAGGUAAAAACUAUUUAUAUGUAGUUCUUAAGUACGUAAUCUUAUCGGAUACAUGAAGUGCAGUCAGGCAUAAUGUCAUUUGUUUUGGCUUUGCCUCAAGACUGCAUGAAUCUAACCUAUAUAAAUGUGAAUCAAAGCUCCUUUAGUCAUUUAAAACUAUAGUUGUAGUAGCUAAGUCGUAUGUUUAGUUCUUUAGUUCGCAAUAACCUUUAGUUAACUGCCUUAUCAGCGUCAUGUUGAUUGUUUUUUUUUAAUAUUGUAUCUUAUUAUUUGCAUAUACGCAUUGUAAAAACUAUCAGAAUUUGCGUAAUUUGCCAAAGUAUUAAAGCUUUAAUGAAGCGACAUUAAACGUGUUUUCCCAUCUCAAAAUUUUGUUAACGAAAAACUAACUAUUUUGGUUGUCUCGCAUUGCCACUAAAUUCGUCGACUCUCACGCACAAAGAUCGAGAUUUUAGUGCAAGCAACAACAAUAACAAUUAAAAAUCUCUUUAGCACAAAAAGCACAAAAAUAUUAAUCA